AUGCUCUUUCUCAAGGUUGUGGGGAUCCCCGUAGAGUCUCUGGACUUGCACACAGUGGACUUUUGGGAACUAGAAUCCGCUGGCGAGACGUUCCCCAAACAGAACCGCAUUGACCGCGUCUUCCCCUCCCCUAGUCGAAAUAAAAGGACUCGCCCGGCUCCCUGGGCACAUCUGCAGUCUCUAGCCCUCACAAACAUAUUGCACAUCGACCAUGGUGCCCGCUUCGCGAACCUCCUCGCCUCCGCACGAGCCCUGAAAAGCCUCAAGCUGGCAGGCGUCCCCGAUGGCUUCUCCUUCAAGGUUCUGUCUUCGUGUGCUAAUCGGUUUCAGUUAGAGCGGCUUGAAAUCAGCGGCAUGCACCGCACACCCAUCCAGAUGCCAGCCUUCCUAAACGCCCUCCGCAAGCACCGCCGCACGCUCAGGAAGCUCGCCCUCUCCGACUCGACCCUGCACGACCACGCCCGCUGGAGCGAAAUCUUCCGCACCCUGCGCCAGGGCGGAUUUUCCGCGCUGCAGGAAUUCUCCAUGGAGCGUUUGUUCGAAGGACCUGACCACCUCGGGGUCUCAUAUAUCCCAGGAACCAUGAUUGUAGACGGGCCCAAAGGCGCAGUCCUCUCAUGGACGCUACACCAUCAGCGGCAUCAGCCUAACAACAACCACAACGGCAACGGCAACGGCAACGGCACCAAUCCUGGCGCUCUUCCCAACCACAGAGUAUACUACGGAGCAAUUGGAUAUUCUGGUCCUGGUGUGUGGAGGCUCUUCCGGCGACUUGAGGAGCGGGCGGUCCGAAGGGAUCCCCGCGAUUAUUCCCCCUCUGUUCCGGUUAUUCAAAGGUUCUAG